GCGGUCUGGCUACCAGAAGGGAAUUAGUAGCUCACGAUAAGAAGUACGUUUGUGCGAGAGAAAUUAAAAAAUUUAAAAAUAAUUGUAUUUAUAACCUUUCUCAAAUUGCAGUGGUACAAUGUUCACUCAUAUCAGUUACAUACAUAUUUUAGCGUAAAAUAUGUAUGUAAAAUUGUUUAACUGCAAAUGAUUUGGGUUCAUUAAAGAUAAAAUUUACAUAUGGUGAAGUGAGAAUUAGUGCGUGUUGAUAAAUACAGUGUCACAUUUUGGACGUCACACCAGCGAAAAUUAAGAAAGUAUUUUCUUUAUAUUUGAAUAACUUUUUGAAUACGUAUUAAACACGUAUCUUGACAAGAGAAACGUAUUUAUAAAUUAAUUUCAAACUUGUGUUAUAUUCAUUUAAACGCAUUAAAGUUCAGAAUGGGCCGAGUAAUGCGGAAAAUAGAGAUAAAUAUUAUAUAAUUAGACAUAACUAAUGACAUGUUAGAAGAAGUUAUCAUUUAUCAACGCUUUUGUAUCCUGCAGUUAGUUUCAAGGUUACUCAUCAGUGUACUCAGUUGCAGCCGCAACAUGUAAUUGCAUUUCCGCUAAAUAUUCUUGUCACUACUGCAUAGAAAUUUAUAUCAAACUGUAUUUCGUGUCCCGCAUAAAUCAUCACGAUGCACAAAAGCAUUGCGUAAUAACUGUCUUUUGUAAAGAAAAACGGAUUGAUAAUGCUUUCCGCACGACAAAUUUCUCUUCAAACAUAAAAAUUUCGAAUCCGUGCAAGAAUAAAAGUGGAUCAUUAAAAUUCUCGGUAAAUAAAAAUUCGUAUCAAGAUUAACGUAACUUGUUGUUGUUGUUGUUGUAAAUACGAAUAAAUACAGAAGAGUAUCAAUGAUGAAUGGCAUUUGGUAUGCCAUUGUAAGCUGCUUCUACGUUACGUGAGUUGAACUUACGGGAAAUACGACAACAAAGAUAGCCGUAAUUGGAGAUUGAUCGAACACGAUUUACGGCACGUGGUGCAUCGUUCGCAAGCCGGUAAAGUUCGCCGGUGUGACAGUAAACGGUGUGAUGCGGGAAAGUUGAGACUCGAACACAUCGGGGCAGGACGAUCGGUUGAACCACAACAUAGAGAACGCGCGUUUUCAGUGACAAUCAUGAGCUAUAACGUGACGCCGCUGAAGAAGCACGCGGAAAUCACUUAUCGCGUAAAAUGCGUCGCGGUGGAGAAUGAACGGGUGUUCGGUGAUGUAUACGUCACCCAGCAGACACAGGAUCUCGUUUACCGUUCGGAUGGCUAUCCUUUUCCGCCGAGAUGUAGGAGACAAAAGCGCAACCUGAUACAGAAGACUUUGGAUGGACCGGAUUUCAUGGAGUUGAACAGUAAACGAUCGACCGGAAACGCGAACUCGCGCUGGCAAAAGCGAUCCAAAUCAAUGGGAGAUGAACCCAACGUGAUCGCGUUUAAUUACAAGAAUGCCGGGAAUCAUGAUGCCGCCAUCAAGAGACCUAAGAUAUAUCCGCCACCCUUGCGAUAUUCACCGCUGCAGAAAGAAAUCGUGAUUACUUCGCUGGUAGAUCAACUGUUGCUAGAUAUUUACGGCAUACCGAUGGGUGACAAGGGACGCUCGGAAAGCGAUUCGACGGCAUCGUCCUUGAAAACGCGGCCGCAACAUCAAUAUCUGCAGAAAACUCGUUUGCUUUUGAAAAGAAAGGAUGAAUUGCAAAUCCUGCUUAUGACUCUACGCGACCACAUUAUUCACACGGGAGGGCUGCUAAUCCGUCAGCUGCGCCGAAAGGAUUAUCUCACUGCCAAAUGUGACAAACAGUGCGAUAUUAUCACCGCCUAUCUACAAGCACAUAGCGCAAAGAGAAUCGAAGAUACAAAAAUGAGGUUCAGUUUGACUCCGCAGCCGGGGGAAAGUGGUUUCGUACAAUGGUUAGACGCAAUGAAAAUGGUUGCAAAAUUACAAGGAGGGAUACCACCGGAAUUUCGCAAAAGAUUGUGGCUAACGUUGGCGGAACGUCAUCUGGAACAACGCGGCGUAGACUGGAAGCAGGCUGAGAAGAUCUGUUUCAACGAGUGGAGUAAUCCUGACGACGAAGAACUCGGCAUACAAAUUGUGAAAGACUUGCACAGGACAGGCUGCAGCCUGUUCUGCGGUGCUGCUGGCCGGGACAAUCAGGCGGUGCUGCGUCGAGUAUUACUUGGUUUCGCUCGCUGGAACAAGUCGGUAGGCUACUGCCAGGGUCUAAAUGUUCUAGCCGCCCUCGUCUUGCAAGUAAUGGACCGCGCAGAGUCCUCGGCUGUUAAGGUGAUGAUAUAUUUAAUAGAGGGUGUUCUGCCAGAGGGUUACUUUGCCGAUAAUUUGCGAGGCCUUUCUAUCGACAUGGCAGUGUUUCGGGAUCUUCUGCGCUCGAGACUGCCAAAGUUAUCAAAGCAUCUCGAAGCACUACAAACUGAUGCUAAGGAUAAAGCGACGGGGAGUAGCUAUGAGCCGCCACUCACGAAUGUGUUCACCAUGCAAUGGUUUCUUACGCUUUUCUGCCACUGCUUACCGCAGGAAACGGUGCUUCGUGUCUGGGAUCUGAUAUUUCUCGAAGGUGAUGAAGUACUGCUUAGAACAGCACUCGCUAUCUGGGAAGGCCUCUCGGAUCGUAUAAUGACCGUAACAUCGGCGGACGAGUUCUACAGCAUAAUGGGAGUUCUCACGAGAGAAAUGUUAGAAUUCACCGAUACAAACAAUCUCAUAAAGAAAAUUGUUAGCAUGGGAUCCUUGCAUGGUGUGACAAGUUUGAGAGAGAAGCAUCGAUAUAACAUCACCCCAUGGGCGCGCAAGUUGAGUGAUGACGAUGACAGCGAGACAGAAGAGGAUGAAAGAUUGGCUGUAGCGGCUGCCAUGUUCAGUAUGGCUCAACGUAUAAAGAAAGAUCGUAUACCUUCGACAAUAGGAGCGUUACAAGCGAUAGCACCCAGUAGUGAUCGGGAACGCCUUGCUUUAGAUAUUAAUACGCUGAAGCAGCAAUAUGCAAAACUACGGGAACGGCAGCGGCAAGCGCAUAUAAUACUUUCUGCCGCGUGCGCGCGACAGACCAUGGUACCUCCGCCCACUUCUACAGCCAUGAAUCAUCUGUUAGUGGGUAAAAAUGCACUCGUAAGUGCAAAGAAUCGACCAUUAAGUUUGCCGUCUGCCACUGCCACAUCGAAAUUACGGCCGGCAGCUCUUCACAGCCCCAAAAGUCGCAGAGACAGACAAGGUGUCACGCUUCACUGGAAAGACGCAAAAAGGCCAAAACAACGAGUUGGUGAUGCUGGUGACGCCGAUGCCUUUGGUUCAGCAUUUUUACAGUCGCCUCCAGAAACGUCUUCUACAACGUCACCUAGUCGGGGUACCGCUGACAGUGAUAGUGACAGCACGUCGACAGAGCUGUGCGACGAGCCGGAUCGUUUGAGUGACGUCGAUAGCGAGGAACUUACGUCAGCGUCCGACUCUUACGUCAUGGCGACGGACGAUGAAAAGCAUGCUUAUGAAGGUUCGUCGACCUCGGCGAGUACACCUGCGCGCUCGUAUAUUAAGAGCGAGCCGACGUUGAUGGUCGAGGGACCGCAGAAGGAUACACUUUUCGGAACCGAGAGCGACGAUAAGUCUCCGUCCCUGUCUGAAACCUCAAUCGCCAAGAUCACCGAUCAAAUACGAAGACUCUCGGCAGAAGAUGACAAUAAUACGACAGUCCCUCAAAUAUCGAGCGCACGCGAAAACAACGAGCUGUCGAUGGGCGAUUAUCAGGUCGAGAGAUUGCAGACGAAGGAAACGGAAUCGAAGUUGCAGGAUUAUACGUCGAGUGAAGACGCGCCAAUAUCGUCGAUGAUUGUGAACAGCUACGAUUAUUUAAGCCUUAAGUCUAAUCUCGCUGAGAAGACGGAUGAUAUCCUGGUACAGAGAACGAAUCGACUGAAAGAUAUAGACGAGAAAAAAGAAACUAUUCGGGCUAGCAGUAAAGAUACUACAGGCCUUAAGACGGAUAUAAUGGAAGCCACUACGAGUAUACUACGGGAUAGUUCCAGAGAAAAAACGAGUAUCUCUUUAGAUAAGGAUUAUGAUAAAUUUAUCACGCUUUUAGACACGGAUGACAAGCCCUUUGAAUCCUCCUUAAAAUUUUCCAGUAAUGUUUAUUUGGAUUCAAAAAGCGAUAAUGAUUCGAAUGACACGGAUCUUGCAAAUAGCACAGCUUUGGAUGUCGCAACAGAAUCACGAUCUUUUUAUUCUAAGAGAUACGUUGUAGGCCACCUUCCAAUUUCUCCGGUAACAAUGGAUGACAAAUUAACGAAAUUGUCACAUGAAAUAUAUAAUGUCGAGAUAAACCCGGAAAAACUGACGAGUCCCGAAAAAACUUUAAAGAGAGACACUUUUAGUGAUAAGCAGUCAAUGGUACAAACAAAAUCGUAUUCCCAUUUGAGAAAAAGCCCGAAAUCUCCGGAAAGCAUAAAAUCAUUCAGCUCUGGAGAGACAAUGGGUCCCGAUUCGAAGCAUUCUAGUUUGACAGUGAGUCCAAGGACUCCAGUCAGAUCGGACUCUCGUGAUUUCACGAUAGACAAAUCGGCUUGCUCGUCCAUUAGCUCGGAUUCUAAAACUCUUGUUCUCCAUUCUGUGAGUUCGGAUAUCGCGCUCGACGAUUCGAGACCAAUUACAAAAAAAACUUACGAGAAAUCGUGCCCGUCGACCCCGAUUAGCACGGAUUCUUUAAGAAUCAAGUCUGAUACGAGCCCAAAAUUGGUGAUUAGCAGUUCUAGCGAUUCGUGCAGCCCGUGCAAAGCCAAGUCUUCCGAGAGAUCAUUCAGUUCCGAUCUGCAGUCGCCAAUAAGUGCCAACUCCAUAAAAUAUACCUCAAACUACGGAAAACGAGAUCAAGACAACGUGUCAGAUUCACCGAUUGAUCUGAGCACCUCACCAUUUUAUCCUAUCGCCAAUCCUAAUCAGAAGACACCCUCGCCAUACAGUAUAGGCAAACGAAGAUGCAGUAUAGACAGCACCGAAACCUCACCCGAUCCGAAAUCGAUCAGCUCUAAGGACUCGACUAAGUUCUCGGGGUAUCAGACGAAACUAGAUCCUUCAGCAAAGUCAAUCGAGAGUAAGGAAAACGAGGAAAUUCCCGAGAGAAGCGAUUUAUAUGUUAGACCGCAAUUCGCAUUGAAUGCAGAACUGAAAGCUAGUUACACACAGAAGAGCAAAGCUGAUUUGAGCUCUUACGAAUCGAUCGGUGGUGAGUCUUAUCGGAAGAGCGAAGAUUUCGCUGAUGACAAUGUGGACGAUCCGCUCUCUGAAAAGGAUGUAGUGCCUCAAUUGCCGCAUGAGAAGCUCGACAAGCACUAUCUGAAUUACAAUUACAGACGUAGAGACCGUUCAAGAUUGACUGAGAGGAGCUCUAGCAGUCUGGAGAAAAGAUAUACGGAUUUAAAGUCCUCGGUUUCGACAGAUGAAUUCAAUACGUCCGUAGUGAAAAAGAGAUGCAGCGAUAUUCUCGAGGAUAUGAAGCACUUGGAAGCAAAGGUUCUUAGUGAUGGAUCGCCGGAAACUAAUAUGAUGACGAAAAAGUCAAGCGAUAUCUGGGAGGAUAUGAAAAAUUUAGAAGCAAGGCGACAGGAUACCUUCAGCAAUUCCGCGAGCGGCUUCUCGAAGCGGCGAUUAGAAAUCCCAGACAUAAAUAUAACAAAUGAAAGUAGAACAUCUUACGUAGUGUAUCCUAAAAUCAACAUUGAUGAAAACAGUGACAGUAUAUUGAAAAGCAUAGCUUGUAAUAAAAAUGAUAGCGAUAUAGAUGACGGUAGAGAAUCGAAAGUAGGUGUAUGGACAAAAGUAAAACCGCGGAAGAAAGGUGACAAUGGACGCAGAAGUAGCGACAGAGCGCUAAAAAUUAUUCAAGAAAACUCUGCCAUAUUACACAAGAUUCUAGCUUGUCAAGCGAAGAAACGUCUGCCGGAUCUGGAGGAAAUAUCUAAGGAAAUUACCAUCAGUCCGAUUAAUGAGGAAAUUUCUAAGAUAUUCAGUCCAAUUCUCGAAAAAAUGGGUUUGAACGAGCAUGAAAUUAACGAGGAGUUGGCACGAAUCAAUUUCAAGGACUUUGAUAAUAUGACUGCUACAAGCGUGUCGGAAUUUGACGCAAAAAUUAAUGAAGAAUUAACAAAAUUAUCUCUCAUCGACGAUACGGAACAAAUUGAUCAUUUAGACGUAGAUGAGAUUAUAGCAAACGACUAUCUGGACACUCGAGAGGCAUUUAUAGAUCAUAAGAUAAACGAGGAACUCUCUAAAUUACUGGCGAACUAUGAGGAGGAAUCGCCUGCGAGUAUGAUUAAUUUGGAAAAAGGCUCACCAGGUCAGAAUAUAAGCGAGACAGAGGGUCUCGAUCUUACUAGCAUUUCGACGAACGUAUUUUCCUAUAAAUCCUCCAAUGAUUCCAUCGAGAUCAGGAACGAUUUGGAAACCACGCACGAAGUCGUAAUUCAGCCUGAAAAGUUUCCGUUUGCGACGUUGAAAUACGAGCAGAGCAUGUCGCCCAAGAGCGACAUAGACAUUUACAGGGAACUACAGAAGCUCGACAAAAUCUCAUAUGUGCAAGUGCUACCAGACACACGAAUAGAAAUACCGCCGAAACGAUUGUCUCCAAUUACGUACAAUUCCGAUACUUCCACUUAUCCGGAAGUACCGACCGCAACAAGAUACGUGCCGAAAACGAGCCAGUUUGAUACUUCAUCGAUAAAGAGUGAACCUUACAAAACCUUUGAACCUUACAAAACCUACGACAUCCAGGAUAGACUGUCGCCACGGGCCAGUCCUUACGCUACUUAUGAUAAAUCAAGCGAUUUCACAUUCGAGUACACAGAUCUGAAAUCGAGGGUCACUAUCGAUCCUUAUGACUUGCAUUUGAAAAGCCCAUUAUUAUCGAAGGAAUCCUUGGAAUUUCGCGUGAGAUAUGAUGAAGAGUUGCCAAGGCCAAUCAGCGACGAAUGUGCGGCUAGUCAGGAUAGCAAAUCGAUGGUCUCCAUAAACACAGGAAGUUCUUAUUACAGCAAGGGUAACAACGAAGCAGUUACGCCGACGACAUAUAUCAGCAAUGAAGAAAAAUGCUUGAACAUGGGGGAUUAUUGCAGCGACACGGAUAUUUUACAUCAUAAGUACAGUACUUUGUCAUCGAAAGAUUAUUCUCAUGUCAGAAGUACAGAUUAUGACAAGCCCUUAAGCAUGUUAUCGCACGUGAUGGUAGAAUCUGAAACGGAUCUCGGUUCGUAUUUACCGACAAGGCAUCGCGACUAUAAUGUACUAUCACCCAAUCGUCAAUACAAAGACGAAUACUUCUCUUCUAGUCCAAAUCAUUACACUCCGAAACACUCCCCAAAUUUCAUGGAAGAAACGAGAAGGCCUGUCAUCUCACAUCCAGAAUCUCCGAGCAAAAUAAAUGUCGACAAGUACGGAGAUCUGACCAACAACGGAUCGAACUGUUACAAGAAAUCAACCUUAAGCCUCGACAACAUUGAAAACUCGAACAAAGACGAUGAAAAUGUUGACGACACCACUCCGAGUCCGAAGACACAUUUCAGCCCUUUUCCCGUUAGAAAUAAUACCAGAAAACCCAAAGAACUAACGCUAAAGUUGGGUCUCUAUACGUCGAAGAACUCUGACUUUGGUCAAAAAUCAUAGUGCUCAGUAAAUUGUCGAAGCGACGACGCUUUUGACCUACACGGAAGUUCGCACGUGAGCUGGUUUGCUAUUACAAAAGGAGAUGUUCGCUAGUCAAUUGUUUCGACAGAUUCUUAUACUUUAUAUGCAAAACGAAGCGUACUCGGUGCGUUUCAAAGAGAAGUCCUGUAUUAUCGAUUUCCGAAUUUAACAAAGUGGGCCUAAAUUGUCGCCUAAAUAUUCUUAAAUUGUUAUGCUAGACACUAUUAGACAAAUUAUACGACGUAAGAUUAAUUAAUAAUAAACGUGGAUAUAACUUUAAGAUAAUAAUUAGCUAAAAUAAAGUCGUGUAAGUUUUUCAAUGAUCGGUGAGAUAAUUAUAAACUACAAAUAAAUUCCUUUCUUUAAAUGGCAUGUAAAUUUGUUUUAAUGGAGAUACGAUGCAGAAAUAAUAUAAAAAUGAAUAUACAGGCCGUGUUAUAUUGUAAUCGUGAUAAGCGCAAAAUAAUAUCUCCAUAAACGCAAUUAAAUUUGGGAAUAUUGCUGAAAUAAUACGUCGUGCGUUAUUGACGCGAUUACGAAAUAGCAAAUCCGGGCAAAGCAGAUUAAUGAUAAAUCCAAUCCCCAUAUUCAGCCGCACGUUUCUCGCUUCCUGUCCUUUAUUCCAUCAUUAAAAGAUAAUGUGCACUUCACAGUUAUUCGAAUACUCGCAUUUAUACAGGUUCGCCGUUUAAACAAAAUAAUGUUGGAGGAACACCUAAAACGCUUGCAUAUUGCAAUCGCUGAAAUUACAAUAAAAUGCCUUGAUUCCCUCCAAUUAUGAACUAUGCCAAAAUUUCCUAUGAAACAACUUCCAAACUGAUCGCUUAUAUUCAAUUUAAACUAGUAUCUAGCUAAAAGAAUUGUAUGAAAUAUUCUUCUCGUAUCUUUAAUUAUGCCAUGCUACUGGUUGUUCUUAUUAUGAGGCAAUAUAUUUGAGACAAAUGAUUACCUGUAGUACGACAAAAUUCUUUUCUGAAUUCAAAAUUUAUAUCGUAUUCAGAAAAUGAUACACAAGAUACGAUAUCAAUUUGUAAAUUGUUUAAAUGAAAUUUAAUUUGUUCAUAUGUAUUUCAGAAAUUUAAUCGUAUGAAUCCAUAUAACUCUAAGCGAAUUAUGCAUUACAAAUUAAUUAUAAUUGAAGCAAAGAUUGUAUAUAAUUUCAAUUAUUGACUGUAUGUUACAAAUAACUUCAACAUCUUGCAAAAUCUUUUUAUAUAAAAUAAAAGUAGUAUUUUUAGAUGUUUCUAAUAAAAAAAUAUUCAUACAGUGUUGAAAAUCAGUUUGCUUGGAUAGGCUGCAACUUAAGCGUGAAUAGAUAAGAACCUGUUACAAUUUAAAUCCUUGCUCACAAAUGGCUUGAAUUCGAUGUAUAAACGAAGUGACGUUAAGAGACUCAAUUGGGACAGUUUUCUGUUUUAUUGCAACGAUUCGGAUGUUAUCAAGGUAUUUAACUGUACCCAAUUUAUAGCCUAUUUAACUAUAAGGAUACUUGAUAUAAUAGAGUUCAUACUUCAUUCCUUAUCAUUGCACAAGUUUUGCAUUAACGCACCAGGAAUUCACGCAUCUUGUGAUUAGCCUAUUAGAAUAUUUUCCCAAUCAUCUGUGAUAGUAUAGAAAACGAUAAUAUAAUCUUGUAUAAAAGUUUGUGAUUUAAUUAAUAAUUUGUAGACAGAUUCUUCCGAUAGUUCCAAUUUUGACUCUAUUUUUAAGAUUUAACGAAAAUUUAGUUUGUUUAUCUCAUAUUGCAUUAGAAAAUAAUUUAACGUUAAAAUUUUAAUUAAAGUUAUUACUAAUAACAAUUUAUAUAUACGUAUUAUUUAUUUUCUUUUCGUAUUAUCUAAGAAAUCACAUGUAUGAUUUUUAAAUUUACACUUUAUUUAUAAUUUUCUCAGAAAUAUCAUCUUACAAGAACACCUACACUUUUUAAUCAAUAGUCUCUUUUACAUUCAUUUUAUUCAAUCACAUUUGUCAAUUGCGAUAUAAGAAGAAAAUAUAAGAAACUAUUGAUAAAACAAUUUCCAACGUGUACUAUAAAAUUUAUUGCAAUUCUUUUUCACAUUACGCAAUUUUUCUGACAGUAUUUUAUUCGAUUUAUUAUCAUGAAUAUAUAGAAAGAAUAACUUUUCAAUAUUCGUUAUACUACACCUGAGAGUAUAUGAAAGAUAUAUUAAUUUUAUUUCGAUUACUAUAUCGUACGGUUGGAUCAAGAAAUCCGAAAGUAGUUUCAGAUGCCUGUGAAAUAUAGAAAGUAUUCGGAAAGGUGCUGGAAAGGACAAUGGCACGUUUAAAUACAAAGAUAGCUUAAAUAAGGGAAUAAUGUUAAAUGAUAUUAACAAGUAAAUUAGUGAAUAAAACCUCAUCGUUAACACACAUUUGUUACGAGUUAUCAGCAUCAUGUUCCGCACUUUCCAUUCUGCAUGAAAAUUAGGUUCACUUUGUUAAACAUUUACCUGCGAAUAAAACUGCUCGACAAUAUGUACAUUUAAUUCACUUCAUCAAGUUAUUUAAGCUUCUCAAACUUCUGGUAUCGAUACUUUUCGAUAUUUACUGAAAUAUAUGUUGCAAUAUAUAUUAUACGAGCGAAUAAACUUUUUCUACUGUUUACGGAUAAAGAUAUGGAGAUUGAUCGGAAUUUGCGGUAGAUGAAUACGCACAGCCUCGAUCAAGGUAUUGCGUAGCACAUCAAUGAAACGCAAAUCCUAUGUAAUGUCUCAUGUCGUUUAGAAAAGAGAAGGCAUAUAUUUCAGGAUUAAGGGCGCGUGUGAAAUUGUUACGUAAUAUUUUGAGAAAAUUAUUGUAUAUACGUGACAAUGCGAGUCAUGCCAGAUAUAAGACUGUAUAUUUGAAAUGCAUAAAACGAUAUAAGUCGUUAUGGAUAAAGAAACUGAAUAAAUAUAAUAAGAAAGUGAAUAAAAUGA